AUGGCGGCCGCGGCUCCUCCUCCUCCGCCCCAGCUGCUUCUCCUGGCAGCCCUGGCGGGACUCUUGGGUCCCAGUGAGGUGGUGACCGGGCCGGCGGAGGAGGCGGGAGCCGAUUGUCCCGAAGGCCUGUGGCCUCUGCCCCCACAGGUGUCCCCCAGGGUGAUCUACACACGUGUGAGCCCGGUGCAGCCGGAGGCGAUUGCCUUCCUCUACCACCCCUGUGCCCAUCCCUGGCUAAAGCUGCAGCUCGCCCUCCUGGCCCAUGCUUCUGUGCCCAAACCAUGGCUCGUCCCUGACUCCAGCCUCCCACGGAACCGGCCUGUGGUACUGAGAGCCUGGGGGCUGGCUCUGGAGAUGGCAUGGAUACAGCCAUCCUGGGCUGCCCACUGGCUGAAGAGGAGGCGGUGGAGGAAACAGACGAAGAAGAAAGUGUGGUUCCAUUCUGAGGAGCUUCCUGGGCCUUUCCCCCCAGGCCCCGGGAGGCCAUGUGUGAGCAGGUGUACAACACAGGCUCUGACGCUGGCUCCCAGCUGGUCACCUCCUCAUGCAGAGGUGACAUGGAGAGGGCCCAGGCGGCCCUCACGCAGUGAAGCCAAGAGGCGGGGGCUGCGGGCAGCCCUUGGUCCCCAGCCCACUCCUCCUUCAGGCUUGAGAUUUCGCUCCCCUUCCCCGAAGACCUGGAAGCUCCAGCAACCAGAGACGCUGGGGGCCUUGGCUAAGGGGAGCAGAGCUCCUGGGGUGCCUGCUGUUCCCUCGCUGCAUGGGGAACCCAGCAGCAACGCCAGCUCGGGGACAGGGGUUCAGGAGCCUACUGGGAAGGGCAAUCCCAGGGGCUGUGCCUGUCCCACCCAGGCAUCCCUGGCCCCUCGGGCAGCGGCACCUCCGCGGGCAGCUCAGGUUCCCACCCCACGCACUGAAGAGGCCGCGUGGGCAGCCAUGGCCCUGACCUUCCUUUUGGUGCUGCUCACCUUGGCCACACUGUGUACACGGCUGCACCGGAACUUCCGCCGGGGGGAGAGCAUCUACUGGGGGCCUGCCGCUGACAGCCAGGACACGGUAGCCGCGGUGCUGAAGCGGAGGCUACUGAUGCCCCCGCGCCGGAGCAAGCGCUCACGACGGAGACCUUUACUCCCGCCCACACCGGACAGCGGCCCGGAUGGGGACAGCUCUGACUGACCUGCCCCAGCCCCGCCACUGGCCACUGCAGCGUCCUGGGCUCCUCUGCUGGGAGGCUGCGAUCUCGGCCACGUGGACGGCACGCGGCAGCGCCCCCUGGCGGCGGACUAGACCGCUCCUCCUGGAGUGUUUUUACUGCACCCCGCCCCCA